UUUUACAAGGAUCAAAAAUUCACACACUUGCAGCUAGAAAGCUUAUUCAGGAUCUUGAAGAUGGUACUUCAUUAAUCCAUAAGCAUCAAAGAAAUAGUGGAAAACCCUUACCAAAUUCACUUAUUCGUGAACAAAUUGUAAAAUUGGGUGUAACAUAUAGCCUGGCUUCCAAAUUUACAAGUUUUCUUGCUGUUGAUGAAAGGGAUAAUGAGUUAGUGUCUGAAGCUAAAAUCUUAUCAGGCCAAAGAAUAGUCCCAGUUGCCACUGCCUAUUUUCCCAAGGCUCCAGUAUUGAAAUCUAGGCGUUACAAGAUAGCAGUAAGAUUGAAAAGCUCUUUUCCUACAUUUUCAAUAAGAAAAUUUGAUAACAGUCUGGAAGAUAAAUAUUCUGGUUUUCUAAAAAAGGAAUCCUAUGUUGGAAGUAAUAAUUCUUCUGCAUCGGUUUUACCAGCUACUUCUGUAAAAUCAAAACCUCCAAAAAUUGAAACUCUUUAUAGUUUUCUCAAUUUCCAAUCAUUUGAUGGGUCAUUUUUACCAUCUGCUAAAUUUUAUUCUUGGUUUGGUAAAAAUGAUUUUAAAGAUUUUGAACUAAUUGGAAUUGAAAAUGAAAAGGUAUUAUGUUUAACAUUAGCACUGGCAUAUUUGGAAAUUAUAAUGUUUGAAACAUUUAAGGAUGAAUGUGAAAUGUGUUACGAAAAAGCAAAAAAGGCUUUAAAAAAAGAAGUUGGCGGUGAUGAUCAAAAGAUUAAUGAAAUUUUGGUAAAAGGUAAAGAAUGGGUUAAUAAAUGGGCUGAUGAAUAA